AUAUCAUCCAUUACCAUGCAGCAUAAGCAAAUUUCUUUACUUUUUUCUUUUUCAAUGUGUGUGCUAAUCUUGAGAUUAGCCACAGCCCAAAACACCUCCAACACAAUCACCAAAGCUGCUAACAUCACAAAACCAGGAUGUCCAAGAAAAUGUGGAAACCUAACAGUUCCAUAUCCAUUUGGAAUUGGGUCAGGUUGUGCCUUAGACCCCGUGUUUGAGAUCCAAUGCACCGUCACAACACCCUUCAUACAUGACAGUGAAGUCUACGACAUCUCUGACUCAGAAAUACGUAUACGUAAUUAUGUAGGCCGGAGUUGUUACUCAUCCGAAGGAACACUUUUACUCCUAGAUGAUUCUCCAUUGAUGGAGUUAGGAGACACAGACCCUUACAGUUUCUCAGAUCUUAACAAACUCACCGUCGUUGGUUGUGAUGAUUUGUCUUUUUUAUCUGGAUCUAACUUCGCUAUUGGAUGUGGCUCUUUCUGUACUGAUAAUUCUAGUCAUGCUGUUAUUGAAGGAACAUGUAAGGAUGGAGUUGGUUGUUGUCAAUUAGAAAUACGAAAGGGGAUUAAAUAUUUCGAAACAACAAUAGAAUCCAGAAAUAAUCAUACAGGAGUUUCGUCUUUCAAUCCAUGUGGCUAUGUGUUCCUUGGUGAGGCCAGUCGUUUUCAUUUCCGGGGAUUGAAGGAUCUAAAUGAUACAAAUUUUGUAGAGAGGAUUAAGCAUAAUGUCCCUAUCGUGCUGGAUUGGACCAUCGGAAAUCUUACUUGUGUUCAAGCACAGAAACGCAAAGAGUAUGCUUGUCUAGUUAAUAGCCAGUGUGUGGAUUCCCACACUGACAUUGGUGGAUAUCGGUGCAGGUGUAACCCGGGAUAUGAAGGCAAUCCAUACAUCAGGCCGGGCUGCCAAGAUAUUGAUGAAUGUGCUGAUUCAAGUACCAAUAUGUGUGAACAGAAUUGCAUAAACACGCCCGGAAACUUCACUUGUUCCUGCUUAAAAGGCUACACUGGUGAUGGCAAAAAGAAUGGUCGUGGCUGUAUUGCACCAAACUCGAACUCUGAGUUCCCAUGGAUCAAGUUUUCUAUUGGUAUGGGAGUUAGCUUUAUAUCCCUAGUGGUUGGGGCAAUUUUGCUCUAUUUCUGUAUCAAGAAACGAAAACUCAUUAAAAGUAGGGAGAAGUUCUUCCAACAAAAUGGUGGUUUACUCUUGAAACAACAAAUCUCCUCUAUCAAGGGUGGUGUGGAAGCGACCAAAAUAUUUACAGUUGACGAGUUGAAGAAGGCUACGAAUAACUAUGCCAGUGAUAGAAUUCUUGGUCAUGGUGGAAAUGGAAUCGUAUACAAAGGUAUACUACCUGAUAAAAGCAUAGUUGCUAUUAAGAAAUCUAAGUAUGUGGAUGAGAAUCAAGUUGAACAAUUCAUCAAUGAGGUAAUUAUUCUUACUCAAGUAAACCAUAGAAACGUCGUUAGACUCUUUGGAUGUUGUUUGGAAGCUGAAGUUCCCUUACUGGUUUACGAAUAUGUUUCUCAUGGAACUCUUUUUGAGCAUAUCCACAACCAAAAUGGAGCGCCUUGGUUAUCUUUGCAAAAUCGGUUGAGAAUUGCUUCAGAGACUGCAAGUUCACUUGCUUACCUUCAUUCAUCUGCAUCCAUGCCAAUAAUUCAUAGGGACGUCAAAUCUACCAAUAUAUUAUUGGAUGAUGUUUACACAGCAAAAGUUGCAGAUUUCGGAGCUUCAAGAUUAGUCCCUCUUGAACAAACACAUGUUGCUACAUUGGUUCAAGGAACGUUAGGGUACUUAGAUCCUGAAUAUCUCCACACAGGUCAAUUGACAGACAGAAGUGACGUUUAUAGUUUUGGAGUAGUUCUUGCGGAACUUUUAACAGGGAUGAAACCUAUUUUGAGGGGAACAAGUGACGAGGAUAAAUGUUUGGUGGAAUAUUUUGUAUCGUCGAUGAAAAAUAAUAGCUUAUUUCAAAUUCUUGAUGAUAGAGUUGUAAGAGAAGGAGGUAUUGAGCAACUUCAAGAGAUCGGUGAGCUCAUCAAGAGUUGCCUUCACUUGCACGGGGAAGAUAGGCCUACGAUGAAGGAAGUGUCUAUGGAACUUGAGAGUUUAAGAAAGUUCACUAGCCCUUGGACUAAUGCAGACGGACAUGAAGAUCAGAAUGAAGUUUAAGUUUGGAUUAAUCUUCAUUAGUACCCAAUACAAAUAUCCCGCGGUGAUCCAAAAUAAAAUGUCAAUAUGAUAAUUAGUGGGGAUAUAUUUUUCUGUGUAUUGUAAGUUUCAUUUCUGGCUAUCUUUAAUUAAUUUCAUAUUGGAUGUUCUUAUGUACUAUAUUUUCUUUUGAAUUUAAUCAUCAAUAUAUUGCUCAUUCCUAUAAGAUUACUCCUUCGUUUACAAGUUGAAG